AUGUCUCUUGCGCCCCUCCGCAUCGUUAUCGCUUGCGACGAAGCUGGCCACAGCUACAAAGAAAUCCUUAAAGCCCACCUGUCCUCUAACCCUCUAGUUGCCUCUGUCACCGACGUCGGCGUCCCCUCCGCUUCUGACAAGACCGCCUACCCACACGUUGCCGUGCAGGCUGCACAACUAGUCAAGGAGAGGAGAGCGGACCGCGCCCUUCUGAUCUGUGGAACUGGUUUAGGUGUGGCGAUUGCCGCCAAUAAGGUUCCCGGCAUCCGUGCCGUUACCGCCCACGACCCGUUCUCUGUCGAGAGGGCUGUACUCAGCAAUGAUGCACAGGUCCUCUGCUUUGGCCAGAGAGUUAUCGGCAUUGAACUGGCGAAGAAGUUGGCUGCUGACUGGCUGAACUAUCGCUUUGAUAGCAGCAGUGCCUCUGCGGCUAAGGUGAAGAUCAUUGGCGAGUACGAGGCUAAACUUGCUUGCUAA